UCUUUGCAUAAAAUUAUAUGAAAAAUGGCUCCCUUAUUCUCCAGAUUGAAAACCCUCCUUUCACGUGAUGUUAUCAUUUCUUCUCUCACUGCUAGAGAUGUAAGGUUCCCAACUUCAGCCUGUGGAACAGGUCAUGGCUCUGACGCUCUACACAAAGACCCUAACUAUUCAGCAGCUUAUGCAGUUUUGACUGCAGCUAGCAGCAAUAGUGAAGGAGGCAGUCUUUAUAGUGGCCAUGGAUUAACGUUCACAAUAGGCCGUGGAAAUGAGGUUGUUUGUGCUGCAAUAAAAUCACUGGAGCCGCUAGUAGUUGGUAGAUCACUGGUCGAUAUAUUUACUGACUUUGCUUCGUUUUGGCACAGUCUGACGUGUGAGACACAACUCCGCUGGAUAGGACCAGAGAAAGGAGCAAUACACCUAGCAGUAGCUGCAGUCAUUAAUGCACUGUGGGACCUCUGGGGUAAGAUAGAGUGUAAACCAGUCUGGGAGCUAUUAUCAGACAUGAGUCCCGAGGAGAUUAUAUCGCUAAUUGAUUGGCAGUAUCUCUCUGAUGCUAUUACAAAGGAUGAAGCACUAGCAAUACUACACAAGCAGUAUCCUUCACGUAGAGAGAGGGUGGAAGAUUUAAAAGAGAAUGGAUAUCCAGCUUACAUUACAUCAGCUGGCUGGAUGGGGUACAGUGAUGAGGUUGUAGAGGAGCGACUUCAGUCUGCUUUAAAGUCUGGUUUCACUAAAUUCAAGAUGAAAGUCUCUCGUGAUCUCUCAGUUGAUAAGCAUCGCUGUGAAUUAUUUCGUUCAAUUCUUGGUCCCGACGUUCCACUGAUGAUGGAUGCUAAUCAAUGCUGGGAUGUGGAUGAAGCAAUAGCUCACAUGACAGCUCUAUCAAUGUAUAAGCCAUUGUGGAUAGAAGAGCCCACAUCUCCUGAUGAUAUACUGGGCCAUGCUAAGAUUGGCAGGGCAUUGCGUCCACUGGGCAUUGGUAUAGCUACUGGAGAAUAUGCGCACAAUCGUGUGAUGUUCAAGCAGUUUUUAGAAUCAGGAGCUAUGGACUACUGUCAGAUUGAUAGCUGUAGAUUAGGAGGCAUCAAUGAGAAUAUUGCUGUCAUGUUGCUAGCUCAAAAGUUUGGAGUCCCCGUCUGCCCUCAUGCUGGUGGCUGUGGGCUCUGUGAAAUGACACAGCAUUUAAGCAUAUUCUACUACAUAUGCAUCAAUGAUAAAAGAGAGUCACAGAUGCUUGAGUAUGCUGAUCACUUGCAUGAACAUUUUGUCUAUCCUUCAAUAAUUAAGAAUGGAUGCUACAUUGUUCCAACUGACCAUGGCUACUCUACAAAGAUGAAAGAUCAGUCUCUGCUUGAGUAUGAGUUUCCUAAAGGGAUAAAGUGGACAUAAUAUUUAUUUUGAAUUAAUUUUGUAUUACUGCUUACCUUUGGAUUUCCAAAAUAGAUUUUGCUGCUGCAAUUCUA